AGUUUCUCUCCCGCUCCGCUCGCCCCCUGCUCUCCAUCCCUUCCAACGUAAAAAUGACCCACACGCCGGCAUUCCUCGCCAGAAUCUUACAUUCUGGCAAGCGAGUUUCCGCCGCGGCCCGCAACCACAAGAAGCUCUCCGUCGCCAUCCUGUCCACAAUCCUCAUUGCCGUCGCCGUAAUCUCCGUUGUCGCAGCCCGGAAGAACUCCGGCGAUGGCGACUCCACUGCGUUAUCGGUGACCGCCGGGUCCGGCUCCCACGCCAUCCUCCGCUCCUCCUGCAGCUCCACCAGAUUCCCGGACCUCUGCUACGCGUCGAUCGCCUCCGAGCCAGGCCUCGCAGCGAGCCUGGCGUCGCAGAAGGACGUGAUCGAGGCAUCGAUCAACCUCACCCUGAGGGCUGUUGAGCAAACCUUCUUCAAGAUUGAGAAGCUGAUAUCUUCGCGCCGGGGCUUGUCCCGCCGUGAGAAGACGGCCCUCCACGACUGCCUGGAGGAUAUCGAUCAGACGAUCGACGAGCUCAAGGAGGCCUACGAGGACCUUAAGGUCUAUCCGUCGAAGAAAUCACUGUCCGAGCAAGCAGACGAUCUCAAGAGCCUCCUCAGCGCGGCCAUGACCAACCAAGACUCGUGCAUCGAUGGCUUCUCCCACGACGGCGCCGAUAAGAAAGUCAGGAAAAUCCUCCUCCAAAACCUAAAGAACGUCUACCACAUGUGCAGCAAUUCCCUGGCCAUGAUCUGUAACAUGACAAACACGGAUAUCGCCAUCCAGGGGUCCGGCGCCCCGAACCGCCGGCUCAAUGAGGUGGAAGACGAUAGCGGAUUCCCGUCGUGGCUAUCGGCAGGCGAUCGGCGGCUUCUGCAGUCGUCGUCAGUCACGCCUAAUGUGGUUGUGGCCGCCGAUGGGAGCGGGGAUUUUCGGACGGUAUCAGCCGCUGUGGCUGCGGCCCCGGAGCGUAGUAGCACGAGAUAUGUGAUCAGGAUCAAAGCUGGGGUUUAUAGAGAGAAUGUGAAUGUGCCGAAGAAAAAGACGAAUAUCAUGUUUAUGGGAGAUGGACGAAGGACUACUAUCAUCACCGGCAGUAGGAAUGUGGUGGAUGGUAGCACCACUUUCAAUUCUGCUACUGUAGCUGUGGUUGGAGAACGGUUCCUGGCACGUGAUAUAACGUUCGAGAACACUGCAGGCCCAUCCAAACACCAGGCCGUGGCUCUCCGAGUCGGGUCCGAUCUCUCAGCCUUCUAUCAGUGCGACAUGCUGGCCUACCAAGACACGCUCUACGUACACUCCCUCAGGCAAUUCUACCGCAGUUGUCUCAUCGCCGGCACAGUUGAUUUCAUCUUCGGAAACGCUGCCGCAGUCUUACAGGACUGCGACAUCCAUGCCCGCCGUCCGAAUUCCGGCCAGAGGAACAUGGUAACAGCCCAGGGCCGUGAUGACCCCAAUCAGAACACUGGAAUCUCCAUCCAGAAAUGUAGGAUCGGUUCCACGUCAGAUCUCCUCCCCGUCCAGAGCUCUUUCCCGACGUAUCUCGGCCGUCCAUGGAAAGAAUACUCAAGGACGGUCGUCAUGCAAACUGAGAUCAGCAACGUGAUCCAACCGGCUGGAUGGUUCGAAUGGAACGGGAAUUUCGCCCUGAAUACCUUGUAUUACGCAGAGUACCAGAAUACUGGCGCGGGAGCGGGAACUUCGAAUCGUGUGAAAUGGAAGGGGUAUAAGGUUAUUACAAGUGCUAGUGAGGCCCAGCAAUUCACGGUUGGGAGCUUCAUUGGGGGAAGUAAUUGGUUGGGGUCCACCGGAUUUCCAUUCUCCCUUGGACUAUGAUUAGUUUCUCUCUCAUAUUUAUUUUUAUUGAGCGUCUGUUGCACGAGCGGUUUUC